UAAUGAUUGGCACUUCCUAGCUCACAUCUUCAAAUACUGAUAAGAAAAAAAAUGGUGGUUGAACGCAUGGUAAACUCUAUGGGGUUAUCAGAAACAAAAACUCUGAUAACACAAGUCAUCACAGGACGGUGGUUUGUGGUGUUCGCAUCCUUUCUAAUCAUGUCAGCUUCCGGAGCCACUUACAUGUUUGGUCUUUACUCCAGCGACAUAAAAACAUCCCUUGCUUAUGACCAAACAACUCUUAACCUCCUUAGUUUCUUCAAAGACUUAGGUGGAAACUUUGGUGUUCUUUCUGGUUUAAUUAAUGAAUUAACACCACCUUGGGUUGUUCUUGCAAUGGGUUCACUUCUUAAUUUUUUUGGUUACUUUAUGAUAUGGUUAGCAGUUACAAAAAAAAUAAAGAAACCACAAGUUUGGCAAAUGUGUCUUUACAUUUGCAUAGGUGCUAAUUCUCAAUCUUUUGCAAACACUGGUUCACUUGUUACUUGUGUUAAGAAUUUCCCUGAAACUCGCGGUGUUGUGUUGGGAAUUCUUAAAGGUUAUGUUGGUCUUAGUGGUGCUAUUAUCACACAACUUUACUCUGCUAUUUAUUUUGAUGAUACAAAGGCUUUGAUUUUGCUCAUUGCUUGGCUUCCUGCUGUGAUUUCGUUCGUUUUUCUUCGAAUCGUUCGAUAUAUGAAACCUGUUAGACAGAGUAAUGAACUUGGUGUUUUCUAUAAGUUUUUGUAUAUCUCACUUGGUCUUGCUGGUUUUUUAUUGGUUAUGAUCAUAGUACAGAAAAAAGUGUCUUUUAAACAAAGUGAGUAUAUUGGAAGUGCUUCUGUUGUUCUUAUUUUGUUGUUCCUACCUCUUGCUGUUGUUUUUGUUGAACAGAAAAAGAUUCAAAUGAGUCAUAAGCUUGAUCCAUUUUCUGUUAAAAUAGCAACCAAUCAUCAAGUAGAGAAGGUGGCAAAUUGUGAUGAUGAUGCAGUAGUUUUAGGGGGAGAAAAAGAAACUAGAUGGUGGCAAAAUAUUUUUAGCCCACCUGAAAAAGGUGAAGACUUUACCAUACUUCAAGCACUUUUCAGCAUAGACAUGUUACUACUAUUCUUUGCUGGUACUUGUGGUGUUGGUGGAACUUUAACAGCAAUUGAUAAUUUGGGUCAAAUUGGUACCUCACUUGGGUACCCAAAAACAAGUAUAAGCACAUUUGUUUCAUUAGUGAGUAUAUGGAAUUAUCUAGGAAGAGUUUUUUCAGGUUUUGUUUCUGAACAUUUUUUAACUAAGUACAAUUUUCCAAGACCACUUAUGCUCACAUUAACUAUGUUUUUAUCAUGUGUCGGUCACCUUUUAAUAGCCUUUGAUGUUCCUAAUGGUCUCUAUGUAGCUUCAGUAAUAAUUGGAUUUUGUUUUGGUGCACAAUGGCCAUUAAUUUUUGCCAUAAUUUCGGAAUUAUUUGGACUCAAAUAUUAUUCAACUUUGUACAACUUUGGUGGGGUAGCUAGUCCAAUUGGUUUAUAUGUGCUUAAUGUGAGGGUAGCUGGUCAUUUAUAUGACAAAGAAGCUAAGAAACAAUUGCUAAAAUCAGGGGUACCAAGAAAAUAUGGUCAUGAAUUGAAUUGUGUAGGGGCAAGUUGUUACAAAUUGUCUUUCAUUAUUAUCACUGCAACGACUCUUUUUGGUGCCAUUAUUUCACUUAUUUUGGUGGCUAGAACAAUUAAGUUUUAUAAAGGGGAUAUUUAUAAGAGGUACCGGGAACCGGUUGAAGUUGAUAACGGAGCUACUACGGCUGAGAUGACGGUGCUCCAAAACGGUGGCAAGAAAGGACAAGAAACCAAAGCUACGUAAUUGUAAUUUCGUUGAUAUUGAUGUAUAGGCUUAAUUAUGUUUGGUGUUGAUUGAUACUGCUAUAAGCAAAUUCUACAACCAAUGUGAUAUUGACUAGGAACAGAAAAUAAAUUCAGUGAAAUUUCUAUUAUUGUGUAUUUAAUUUAGGUCCACUUUAAUUUUUUUCCUACCCAUCUUGUACUAUACUCAGUGUGAUAAAUAUUAUAGGAAAUCAAAAUAAUAGUAGUAUAGUAACUAA